CCCGAGCUGCCAUGGCGGUGGUUCCCGGAGGUCCCCGCUCCGGGCCUGCAGCGGGCGCCCACUUUUUCUGCACCGCGGGCCGCGGCCUGGAGCCCUUCCUGAUGCGGGAGGUGCGGGAGCGGCUGGCUGCCACCCAGGUUGAAUAUAUUUCAGGAAAAGUUUUUUUCACCACCUGUUCUGACUUGAAUAUGCUGAAACAAUUGAAAUCUGCAGAAAGGUUAUUUCUGCUGAUUAAAAAGCAGCUUCCAUUUCCUGUUUCUUCUGUAAAUAAAGGAAAAAUAUUUAAUGAACUGCAAAGACUUAUAAAUGAUGAUCCUGAAAGUUGGUUGAAUGCCAUUUCAAUUUGGAAGAAUCUUCUUGAACUUGAUGCAAAAAAGGAAAAACUUUCUCACAAAAAUGCUAACCCACUCAAAAGAAAAGUGGGAGAAGAUGAUAUCACUGCUAAGAAAUUGAAAACGGAACAAAUCCAAGAGAUACAAGAGACUAAGGAAUGCCAGCUGGAAAAACAAAUAGAAGAAAAAAUAUUGGAGCAAGGACAUUUUAUCACUGAAGGAGAAAAAUUUCAAGAAGAACUUCAGAAUGAUAUAACGGAAGCUGUUGAUACUCGUAACCAGAGCAACUUAACUUUUAGAGUUUCCUGUCGCUGCAGUGGCGCCAUUGCAAAGAUCAUUACUGCGCAGGAGGUAGGAAGAGUAAUUGGAAUUGCUCUUAUGAAACAGUUUGGAUGGAAAGCAGAUUUGAGGAAUCCAAAUUUGGAGAUCUUUAUACAUCUAAGUGACAUUUACUCUGUGCUGGGAAUUCCUGUGUUCAGGGUUCCUUUAGCCUGCAGAGCUUAUAUCAAGACACCAGGGUUGAGAUCUACCAUAGCCUGGGCAAUGGCCUCCCUCGCAGAAAUUAAGGCUGGUGCAGUUGUUUUAGAUCCGAUGUGUGGACUUGGAACAAUACUUUUGGAAGCUGCUAAGGAAUGGCCAGAUGUGUAUUAUGUGGGCGCUGAUGUCAGUGACUCACAGUUAUCGGGUGCAUAUGACAAUCUGAAAGCUGCAGGCCUCAAGGAUAAAAUUGAGUUACUUAAAGUCUCUGUUAUAGAAUUGCCAUUGCCUUCAGAAAGUGUCGAUAUUAUUAUUUCUGAUAUUCCAUUUGGAAAAAAGUUUAAGUUAGGAAAAGACAUCAGAAGGACUGUGCAGGAGAUGGAAAGGAGAGAAACCAGGACCCAGAAAUAUUAUCCUUCUCAAGAUCACAGAGCUGCUGAGCUACUGAGAAUUUACAUAUGAAACAUUCAGUCAUAUAGAACGGAUGCCUUCAUUGUUGGUUUGAAAUGAAAAUGCAGAAGUGCUAGUCAUGUAAUGUUUCUAAGGUCAACCUCAGGGAAUAUAAUGCAGUGAAGUGAAAGUGUUUCUGUGAGAGGUUCCAACAGUGAGACCUGAAUAUGAAUUUUCCUGAUCAUUUCAGUUGAUAAAGGAGAGAACCUAGAACACUCAGAGGAAUGAAGGGACAUGGAUCAGGGGUCAGUUUGUAUUAAAUUGUCUCAACUAAGUGUUUGAUGGUGCAGGACGACAUAGUACACAGUCAGGAGCCUGUGCACAACCCUCUUCCACAGUUACCUGACUUGUAACUCAGACACUUCCUGAGCUCCUGUAUCCCCUUCUGCUUAAUGGAGCAUUCCCCUAGAGAUUUUGCAAUGCUGAUUUCAUAUUAACAUCAUUUCAGGAGCUUCUGAAAAACACUGAUACACUCCUCCUCAUUGAGGCUUUGAUUUAAUCAGUCCAGAGUAGAACCUGGGCAUCCAGUAUUUCUUAAUAUCUCCCAAGGCGAUUCUGGGGUGCCGCCAGGAUUAAUAACCACAGCCUUUGUGCCUAGCGAGGUAACUUAGCAGUUGUACUAUUAAGCUAGCCUGUGGUGAGAUACUACUGUCAGAGCAUGUUACACUUAAUACGAAACUUUCCACCCAACCUGGAACUUUCCACUAGUGGUGGUGGCCUAGCCUACCUGAUGGUCUAGUGCUGUGUGUUUUAAACAUCUUCACAAGUCAUUGGAGGGCAGUGUUUGGAGUAGACUGUCCUUUCAUCGCUAGUAAAAUUAGACCAGCCUGACUUUCUCUCGGUCAGUUUUGAUUUUUAUUUUAAGUAACUGAAAAUGAAACUAAUAGCUAUGACCACCCUCACAUUGUUUCGGGAAAUUUAAAUAUUUUCGCGAGAAUCAGGAAGACAUUCAAGAUUUCCCAUGUAAUUCAGUUGCCUCCCAGAAAGCAAAAUGGUACUGAUGAACCUAUUUGCAAGGAAGGAAUGGAGAUGAAAAUGUAGAGAAUGGACUUACGGACACUGUCAGGGAGGGAGAGAGUCGGAUAAAUAGAAAAAGUAGUGACAACGUAUAUGCACUAUCGUGUGUAACAUGGAUAGCUGGUAAGAAGAUGCUCUGUGACACAG